UGGCGCUGCACAUGCUAAAUGACCUUUUGGCCACUAGAAGCCUUUGUCAUUCUAUAUGGAUUCAGCCAAGUUCUUGCUAAGAUUCCCCGCCUAUUCAUUUCUAGUGGCUUCCACAUUCGCCUAUCACUUGAAGAGGCUGAAUAAGGGGACAGGGUGGAUGUUGAUUAUCUCUAUCAAGCAAAGGGGCCAUCAGUCUUUCCAGUCAGUGUAUCGGUCCCUGGAGUGCAAUACCCGCAUGCGCAGUGCCAUCAGUCUCGUCGGGUAUCCUGAAGAUCGAAAACAGAGAAGAUGAGCUUGAGCACCCAGCACGGAACUCAUGCAUGAUUUCCGCUUGCCUUUUGUAGUUUUUGCCUAAUUCGGGGUUGAUGUCGAAUUGUCCAGCACUGUUGGAGAUCAACGGCUAUAACGGCAGAAUACGGUAAUUUAAAGGUGUUGGGCAUCACAUUGCACCGGAUGUCAUUACACGCACCGAAAUCUCGAGAAGCAUAAGCAGGAUCAAAUCCAGACGCAGUCAUGGAAGCUCUCACCCACUUUAUGAAUGACACGGUAGAGUUCUACAGAUGGAGCCUUACUAUAGCAGACAAGCGGGUGGAGAAAUGGCCGAUGAUGUCAUCGCCCGCCCCCACCCUGGCCAUCAGCUGCCUGUACCUGCUCUUCCUGUGGGCGGGGCCUAAGUACAUGCAGAAUCGCGAGCCUUUCCAGCUAAGGAAGACCCUCAUAGUGUACAACUUCAGUAUGGUGAUACUCAACUUUUACAUCGCCAAAGAGCUUCUCCUGGGUGCGAGAGCAGCGGGAUACAGCUACCUAUGUCAACCUGUCAGCUAUUCCAACGACGUCAACGAAGUCAGGAUAGCGUCGGCUCUGUGGUGGUACUACAUCUCUAAGGGAGUGGAGUAUCUGGACACAGUGUUCUUCAUCCUGAGGAAGAAGAUCAACCAGGUCAGCUUCCUCCAUGUCUACCAUCACUGCACCAUGUUUAUCCUCUGGUGGAUCGGAAUCAAGUGGGUCCCUGGAGGACAAUCGUUCUUCGGAGCAGGCAUAAACUCAUCCAUCCAUGUCCUGAUGUAUGGAUACUAUGGCCUGGCCGCUUUCGGACCCAAGAUCCAGAAAUUCCUCUGGUGGAAGAAAUACCUGACCAUUAUUCAGAUGAUCCAGUUCCACGUGACCAUUGGCCAUGCCGGCCACUCCCUCUACACUGGCUGCCCAUUCCCUGCCUGGAUGCAGUGGGCCCUGAUUGGCUACGCCGUCACCUUCAUCAUCCUAUUCGGCAACUUUUACUACCAGACCUACCGACGCACCCCACGUUCUGCCCACAAGGCGGCCAAGCCCGUCACUAAUGGUGUCUCCAUGGCAACCAAUGGCUACAACAAGCUACAGGACGUAGAGGAAAAUGGGCUGAAGCAGCAGAAAAAGGGAAGAGCGAAAAGGGAGUAAGGAGAGGGUGGAGAGGAUGGAGGAAGCCUCUGUCAGACCAACACGAGGACCGUGGGGUGAAAAGGCAGAGGAGAUAGGGGGGUUCAGGGGUGAAAGUUCAAAAGUCAAAUGGGAUUCCACCACACCCCUGCCCCUGCAGGAUGUUUCGAGGAUGUGAUUUGUGACCAAUUUGUGUGUGUGUGUUUGUGGGGGGGGGGAUGAUUUGGUGAGGUUUGUAUUCUGCGAUUUGGUAAGGUUUGGGUAUGGAGGGAUGGGGGUAGGAGGAGGGUGUUGGUUAUCUGUUUACAACAAAAGAAGAUCGCUGCUCUUCAUGUAGAGUCUGUGCUCUGUCUCCUUACUUUGGGGUCCUGGUCAAAGACAAGACCUUAAAAAGACCACAACACAACCACAGGGACUCCCAAACUGCUCAGCUGCCGCAACGUUUCCAACCAAAACUCCACCUCCACCAUUUUGUACUUUUCUUUGUUUAACUCAAUGCUGAUGUAGUGAUACAAAUGCUUAUUUAUUUUUGUAGCAUUGUAAAUGGUAUUUUACGUAUUAAAUUAUUUCAAUUGAAUAAUCUUCCAGAAACGUAUACCAAAGAGGAUUUAUUUUUCAUUGCGUGAUGAGUAAGGGAACUACUGGUGGAGCAUUAUUGAGGAUUAAACAGUUGUUUUACAGUA